AUGGUGGAUGAGAAAGAGGAAGGAGGUGCGAUGAUGGAAGUUGCUUUGGCUGGUAAAGGUGGGUUGAGAAAGGUGAUGCGAUCGACUAAUGGGAUGAAGGUUUUCUCGAAAGUAGAACAAGGAAGAGGCAAGCUUUCAGCUCAAACCAAACCUUUGUGGCCACACUUCAAAGUUAGUAACCGGGCGGACAGAUAUCGCCAAGGUUCGUCGCGCGGAGGAGGCUGCACGGAGACGGAAGCCGACGACGACGACGACGACGACGACGGGACGAUGUCCAGAAAAUCGCAAAGGACAGGAGCUUCGCAAUUUGAGUCACUACGCAGCUGUGGAAUGUGCCAACCAGUGUGGGGAGGACAGAGUAAUCGCAAUUCAGAUAAAGCUGGAGGAGUGUGGCCAACAGACGUCACACCUGCUCUCAGGGAUGGAACCUUUCGGACGCUGCGAUGGAAAAAAGCUCGCUGCCUUGUGAGAAAAUGA